GAUUAGUUGCAAUAGACAGGUUACAUGUAGAAUGAUGAUUAGUUACAUUAGACUGGUUACAUGUAGAAUAAUGAUUAGUUAUAAUGAUAGACAGGUUACAUGUAGAAUAGUGAUUAGUUACAUUAGAUUGGUUACAUGUAAAAUGGUGAUUAGUUACAUUAGACAAUGUUACAUGUACAGUAAUGAUUUGUUACAUGUACAAUAAUGAUUAGUUAUAAUAGACAGGUUACAUAUAGAAUGAUGAUUAGUUGUAACAGACGGGUUACAUGUAGAAUGAUGAUUAGUUGUAAUAGACAAGUUAUAUGUAGAAUGAUUAUUAGUUGUAAUAGACAAGUUACAUGUAAAAUGAUGAUUAGUUGUAAUAGACUGGUUACAUGUAGAAUGAUAAUUAGUUACAUUAGACUGGUUACAUGUAGAAUAAUGAUUAGUUAUAAUGAUAGACAGGUUACAUGUAGAAUAGUGAUUAGUUACAUUAGAUUGGUUACAUGUAGAAUGAUGGUCAGUUACAUUAGAUUGGUUACAUGUAGAAUGAUGAUUAGUUACAUUAGAUUGGUUACAUGUAGAAUAAUGAUUAGUUAUAAUAGAUUGGUUACAUGUAGAAUGAUGAUUAGUUACAUUAGAUUGGUUACAUGUAGAAUAAUGAUUAGUUAUAAUAGAUUGGUUACAUGUAGAAUGAUGAUUAGUUAUAUUAGAGAGGUUACAAAUAACUGGUCUUCAUUGAACAUAGCCAGUGAAAAUAUUUUAUGAGCCACAUUAAAAUGUACUGUAAAUUAUAUUGAUGUUCAUCCUAAUCAUUAUAAACUGACACAAUAUCAUCAUAGUUUAAUGUAAAUUAAUUAUUUACAGUCAUGGAUCUUUAAUAAUCUACUGAUUUUCAACUGUGAGAUAAUGUAUAUAGUUAAGUAUGUGUACAAUACCUUUUUUUAGAUAUAUUUUUUGAUUUUUUAAACAUUUAUAUUUCUGAAUGCCGAGUUGGACUUUAUUGAAUAUAAGUGUAUACUUAUCUAAUGACUGCAUUAAGUCAUUUGCAAUAUUACAACUAUAUUUUGUGGGAGGUAUUUGCAGGUAUGUUAAACAGUGGCUUUGUGCAAGAGAAAUUACAGGGACCACCGUUAGCUGUUCAAGUCCAUGACAGAGAUUUUAAACACUCUGAAAAUGCUGUGCUUAAUCAAAAGGAAAUUCCUUGUCCUAGAACCUUAGAGUUUGAAUAUAUAAACCAGUUUGAAAGAAACUGUCUAGUAACAAAAUGGAAAGCCAGUUCUGUAGACCAAUCAAAGAAGAAGAUUUCAUAUCCACAUGGUGUAGCACAGUGUGACAUGUCAGGCUUUCUUCAUGGCCAAACGCUGAUCCAUAUCUCUGUUCCUGUUAGAAACACCCCACAGGAGUCAGCAGCAUAUCAUUCACCCAAAUAUAAUGUAGACUGUAUACACCUUCCUCGUCCAGGUCACUAUAACAUGUGUCAGUCACAGUUAAAGGUCACAGCUCGAAUAGCCCAACCACUGGAAACUAAAGUUGGGCUAGAGAGUUGUCCAUUUGGCAGGAUAGUGUACACAGUUAGAAGAAACAAAAGUGACCAUUUGAAGCAGCUGUUAAAACUUGUAACAGAUAUUAAUUCUAAGUCUUUACAUUUAGAGAAACAUCUUCUCCCACAUCACAGAAUCUUCUUCACAACGCAGUAUUUGGCAAGCUUCAGUGAUCCAUAUGAAGACUUUAUAAGUGGAUUCCAUGUUUGGGAUGGUGAGGAACACCUAAUUGUUCUGGAGGGCCUUCGUUCUGGAGCGAUAGACAACUUAUGGCAGAGUCUUGUUUACACUUGUGGAGUGAAAGUUCAGUAUAACUCGGAUAUGGGAUUUAGUGAAAGACUGUACAGAUUGCUCUACCACAUUCAUUUGUACCAACCACUGACUAUCAUUCUCAAGGAAUCUCAGCUGUACAUACAACACUGUUGUCUGCAAGGACUUUUACAACUAAAACAGCUCAGAGAAUCUAGGACUUUAAGAGAAGUUAUUCGUUGCCAGCUUCUGCCUUUGACUAAUGUGCUGGAAGAUGUGAACAAUGAAUUUGGCUUACCUGUUACAAUAUGGGAUAUUCAAGAGCUUCAUGAGCAUGGAAUGAUCUCACCAACCACUACAACAAGUAGACCUAAUGCUAUGGUUUCCCCAUCUGGUGAACGUGAUGGUUAUUAACUGCACAGGUCACUGAUAGAUAAAGUUUCCAAUUGUUUUCAAAUCGUCUACGGAAGAUUUUAAGUAUCAUUAAAAUAUAUAUACCAAAAUGAUAACCAUUGUUAGAAAGAAACCAAACUGUACGAAGCACA